CAAAUUCCGCAGUAGGCAGGAAGCCUUGGAUGCAAGAGAUGUGCUGCAGGGACGAAGGGUCGACAUUGAAAAAGGUGCAGUCCUGAAAGCAGAAAUGGCAAAAAAGAAUUUGCAUACGAAACGAGGAGUUGGGAUGGGUACCGGCAUUGGUGGUGGUGUUGGCGAGAGGGGGAACUUGGGAGGGACCAACGGCCUUGGCGGGAGUUUGGGCUUAGCGGGAGCGAUGGGGAGUGGUGGAGUGGCUGGCGCGAAGGACGUCUUGGGGACAGUAGUGAAGAAGAGAGAGACCGGGAGCGAGAGCAAAGGCGAAGGGAUCGCGAUGCCAGUGCCUUCGGUACCAUGA